UGAAUAACUCGUCUAUCCGUUUCGUUUAGCUUUUACCGACCCACUUGUAACGGGGGCCAGCACACCCUCUCAGGUACAGUGUGCCAGUAAGGAAAGGGGUGUGCCAGCAGUAGCGUAGAUGUUGCCGAAACACAGCAAAAUGCCAGCUAUUAAGGAUAGUCACAUCGUGAAGAUUGCGGUCGAGUACGUGGACAAUACGCCACAGAUGUUCCCGCAACUGAUCGAGUUCGACCAGCGGCAACCGCUCAGUGCGAUUAUUCAAAACCUUUGCAGCUCGUGGGGCAUACCGGAUGCGGAAAGUUACGCCCUUCAGUUCGAUGGCAUCAACUACGUGACGGAAAAGAACCGGAACGAGGUGAAAAAUGGGACGGUUCUCAAGUUGCGUUUUUCUCCUUCGAAAACGACCAACGAUAUUUUGGAGAAGUUGCGAAGCGGCACCGAUGAUGAGAAGGUGUCGGAACUGAAGGAGCUGCAGGUGCUGAGUGCGGAUAACACGUUUGCGCUGGAGUUCAUCAAGGAGCAAGGGUUGCGUCUAAUCAUUGCGCUGAUUGAGGACACUGAUUGUGAAGAACGUAUCCUAGAUUUAGCGCUCUGCUCCUUCGUACAGCUGAUGGAGCACGGUACUAUCUCUUGGGACAUUCUCGAACCAUCGUUCAUUAUGCGCAAUGUGGCGUUCAUAAAUGGGCCGUCGAAGCCGGAAAUCAUUCAAUCGGCUCUUUCCAUCCUCGAGAAUAUUGUGCAGAGCAGCAACAAGUAUGCGCUGGUGGAGAAGGAAAUAACGCUUGAAACGUUGCUGAAGCUGUUGCGUGACGCAUCCCGGACGCAGGUGCAGCAGAAUGCAAUCGCACUGCUGAAUGCGCUGUUCAUCAAGGCGGAUGACACGAAGCGACGUUUGUUGGCGGCAACACUCGGCUCAAAACAGUAUCGAAGCGUUAUCAAUAGCGUCAUAACACCGUCAAUGGGUGCUGAAAUGGCACACCAGCUGUAUGUGCUGCAAACGCUCACGCUGGGAUUGUUGGAGCAACGCAUGAAAACCGCAAUGGACGUACAGGACCAGGACGCGCAGGAGAAAAUAAAGGAACUACGACGUAUAGCAUUCGAGGCGGACGGUGUUGAUCCAAUGCCGGAUGUGACCGCACGACGUCAGCAUGGUUCGUCCUACUCGAGCCACUACAAAAAGCUCGGCUUUAAGUGUGACAUCAAUCCGGCGCAGGACUUUUUUGAAACACCUCCCGGAACGCUGGCUCUAGACUGUAUGAUCUAUUUCGCUCGUAACUACACGCAAAGCUACACAAAGGUGGUGCACGAAAACAGUUGCCGGGCGGACGAGCACGAGUGUCCGUUCGGGCGCACCAGCAUUGAGUUGGUGAAGAUGCUGUGUGAUAUUUUCCGUAUCGGUGAAUCUCCUUCCGAGCAGGGGCAAGAGUUUUAUCCUAUGUUUUUCACGCAUGAUCACCCGUUCGAGGAGUUUUUCUGCAUCUGCAUCGUAGUGCUGAACAAGACGUGGAAAGACAUGCGUGCCACGACGGAAGAUUUCGUGAAGGUGUUCUCGGUAGUACGGGAACAGAUCGUACGCAGCAUCGUCGGGCGUCCGGCCAGUCUGGAAGACUUCAAGGCGAAGAUCCAUACCUUCACGUACAACACCAUCACAACACUGCGACAGCAGGAGCGUACUUCACGCGAGGAGUGCGAAUCGACCGCGUCGGCAAUCGUGAGCUUGAAGAAGAAAAUUACGCCAGAGAUACGGGCACUAAUUAAGGAGCAGCGCUUGGGAUAUCUCAUCGUGGGAACACGCUUUUGCAAAUACUCUGGCGGCAAGCGCGAACGGGAUAAGUAUUGGUACGUGCGGCUUUCGCCCAACCACAAAGUCAUCCACUAUGGAGAUUGUGAUGAGAAAACGGUCCCAACGCUGGAGGAGCUCUCGAACAAGCUGCCCGUAAUCGACAUCCGCCAGAUGUUGGUGGGGAAGGAGUGUCCCCACAUGAAGGAGAUGCGCUCUAAGAAAGCGUCGACACCACUCGGAUUUUCACUCGUGCCGGAGAGUAGUGAGCAACCGACGCUGGACUUUAUCGCCCCGGAUGAGGCCACGUUCAACUACUGGACGGACGGUAUCAACGCACUGCUCGGACAGCCGAUGACGAGCAAGCAGCAGGAAGAAGACUUUGAAACGUUGCUUUCGAUGGAAAUAAAGCUCCGGCUGUUGGAUACGGAAGGAGUGGACAUUUCGAAGGAUCCGCCAGCGAUUCCGGCGGAGCCGGAAAACUAUGACUUUUGCUUCGACAGUUAAGCGGUGUGCAAAUGCGUUACUAUAUAAUUAAACCAAAGUUCUUGUGGCACAAAACAAAACUAAAUUUAUCAGGCUAGAAAUUUCGACCAGUACCCACGCGGUUUGCUUUCAAUUUGUAAUACAUUUUCUUUCUCCUCCAUAUCUUCCAUCGUAUAUCGUACGAUAAGAUAGUGUUAUAAGGAAUCUGUGCGAAUGUUUUUUUUACGUAUAGAGGAAAUUGAUUCGAUUCGAGCAAAUUAGUCAGCCUAAGUGUAUCAACGGUAUCAUAUAGCAUAAAAACCAAAUAUUCCAUGCAAUAUUUUUCGGUAAUCAUUUUCCGUACUUUUACCCUAUCAAUAUCUAUACAUGUAUUGUAGUGCGAACGAGCUAUUUUAAUAAUUUUAUUGAAAAAGUUCUAUUCGAGCAUCGCUUGGUUCUUUUGCAUUUACGUUGUGAAACACAUCAACUAUUGACGAGGGGUGCAUGGCAAGUGCAGAGGUCGGCGGAUAGCGUAAGACAAACUUUAUAAGCAAAUAGCCAAAAUUAUCUAGACUUAUCCAACAAGGGAAAUGCUCUGACAAGAAAAGCAAUGUGAGGCAAACUUCCAUCGGAUACGGUAAUAAAAGUAU